UUCUCAUCUCUAGCAAUACCGGUUGGAUCAGAGAUCCGUGUGUUUGUGUGUGCGUCAGGCUAUCUCUUUCACUCUCUUCACAAUGCCUCAAUCUUUUCGACCUUAUCCCGAACCGGGAGCAGACACCCUAGGAAAAUUUCGAUUAUGGCCUUUUUUACGUGAUUCAAUCUUAUUUGGACCUUUUCAAUUUGGUGCAUUGGUUCCACAUGUGGUUUUACCAUUUUAUAUUGCUUAUAGAGUGUUAAAAGGAAUGGGUUUGUAUACCGAACAUGUUGCUUAUAUUGUGGAUGCGAUCCUUAUUCCACUUUUGCAAGGUUUUGCCAUUGGCGGUGCAAUCACAACUGGAUAUAUGCGCUUUGGAAGUGAAGCAGGUCGUAAUAUUGCAAAGAAACGUUCAGAAGAUGCUGCUACUACCGAAGAAGAUUCUUCUCAACAUCGUAUCGAAGUGGCAUUAUAUGCAUUCGUUUAUCUCCUAUUUGCAACGUGAGUACUUUUGAUGGGUUCUCUGCUGACGAUGCAAAGCAUGACUGACACACCUCUUCUUUGAAAUAGAUACCUUUGGCACCACUUCCCUGCCGCUGAUGGACCCGGAAUGAAAUCGGCAAAACGUUUGAUUAGCAGAAUACACAUCGGUCUAGAUCUUGGUGAAGGUUGGAGAUCAGGCAAGAAGUGAGGAAAUGAUUCAUCACAACAUGAAUGCUUCUCUUGAGAUCAACUCGAAAU